UAGAAAAGCCUCAAAAGUACCACACCCUCUCCACUUCUCCAGAAAUCUCCAACCCACGUAUAUAUAUAUAUAUAUAGUAUAUACGCAUAUGUCCGUAUGCACGCACAACACAGACUCGGAGCAAAAACAUACAGCAAGAAACACCAAAAGGCAAUGGAUUUCGGAAGGAUGAUGAUGGAAUCGCCCAUAUUCACAAUCCUGGAGGACAUGCUAGACGUGCCGGAAGAGCACGAGAAGACUCGCAGCAACCCGUCCAGGGCUUACGUGAGGGACGCCAAGGCAAUGGCGGCCACGCCAGCGGACGUGAUCGAGCACCAGAACGCGUAUGCGUUCGUGGUGGACAUGCCCGGGAUCAAGCCAGAGGAUGUCAAGGUUCAGGUCGAGAACGAGAACGUCCUUGUCGUGAGCGGAGAGAGGCAGAGAGAGAAGAAAGAGGAGAAAGAGAAGGAGAAGGAGAAGAAGGAAAGUGGGGUUAAGUACCUGAGGAUGGAGAGGAGGAUGGGGAAGUUCUUGAGGAAGUUCCAGUUGCCGGAGAAUGCGAAUCUGGAGAAGAUAACUGCGGUCUGCAAUGAUGGGGUUUUGAAGGUUACCGUGGAGAAGCUUCCUCCGCCUGAGCCUAAGAAGCCGAAGACUAUUCAGGUUCAAGUUGCUUGAGCUCUUUUCGAAACCCUAGCUUCUGCUAUGGUUUUAUGGGUUUUUAUUAUGCGCGUGUGCGUUGUUUGUGUGUGUGGGGGUUUCUGGGUUUGGGUUUGGGUUUGGGUUUGAUGUGAUGUGAAAAGAGAGAGAGAUAAUGCGUAAGAGAAAAUGAAUAAAGGUUGAAACUUUUCUGUUACC